AUGGAAACCCAUAUAUCGGCAAAUCAUCUUUACGCGACGCAGAUCAAGGAGUACGGUAAUUUCCUGAAGAAUUACGACCAAAAGCUAGCACAGCUGCAUCUUCCCACGCUUUCCGAUGGACCAGUGCUGAGCGUUGUGCGGCUACACUAUGCGUGUGAUAAUGAGGAACUCUCAAUCGCUCGCAUGAUAGCGAGCAACAGUAUCGUUGGUGGGAAAGCCAACAGCUCCACCGCUCCCGGGCCUAACAGUAGCAACAUGCCGCUAAACAAAAUUCUAUCCACCUUCGCACAGCUAUGCUGUGAGAUAGAUUGUUUGGAGCAGGAGGGUCGUACGUUGGUGCGCCAAAUCUACGAACGUACCGAAUCGUUCCGCAGCGCCGAACGAACGGCACAACAUCCGCCCGUACUAUGGAUAGCGGAUAAUAUCGAUCUAAUGGGAACGGUUCAGCGCCAGUACGAGCGAUUGCGCGAUGUCGGUGUACUGCUAUUGCGUCAAAUCGGUGCAUUUUUCAACGAGGAAGCUUCCUACGGGCGGGGAAAGCGAACGAAAAAGAAUGGACUGGAUGGAAAGGGUCCACCGUCGCUGGAAGUGGACUACCUCUUCGACUACAUAGGUAAACUGCUACGGAACGCACUCGAGCUGGAUCACAUUCUAUGGAAAACGUUCCUCAAAUCGCACUGGCGUUCGUUCGCCCAAAAGUUACGUCAGCUGAGAAAAAUAACUCGCACACAGAAGGAAACAUAUCACGAUCUGCUAGCCGUGUGUCAAACGUUCGGUUUCUGGAUCGGUGAUGAAAAAACGCCGGACAUUACGGGAGUCAAGCGACUGCUCGAGGCACUGUACAAGGUGAAAACACACUUCGAUCCCGCCUGCGCCGGGGAAGCAUUUAGCGAUCGGUUUAUGAAGUUUCUGAAACGUAAACUAACGUCCCUUGCGUCGACCACGGUUCGACCCCCAACGACAGCAAAUGGGAUCGAUUUGGCCUUCGCAAACGAUGUGAUCGGGGUGAAUGCGUUGCUCAACUUUGCGCUCUACCUUUUUCUGCCCAUCGAGCAACGUAUGCUCAAGAAUCUGUUCGAGCUUAAUCUCAAGUUUCCCCUGAUUCCGUUGGAAAACAAUUACGCCUGGCUGCCGGACGAAUUCGUACAGGAGCACGGUCAUAAGCUGUUGCGGGAUUAUGAUGCUAGCGCUGCUCCCAUCUCGGUCAGUACGCCACUUUCGACUUGCUUCGAUUAUCAGAAGGCACGUGAUAAUUAUCUGAACACGAUCGAAAAAUCAGUCACUCAUGCCAUGCUUUGUCAGCAUGCGGCCAGCUGGUUGGUGGAAGCACAUGCUCAGCUUCGCAAUCGGCCCCCGACACCGGGAGCUGCUCAGGAGGGUAGUAAUUUUACGCUCGAAAAUCUUCGCAUCAAAUGUGGCCUGCUGCUGGAGGGUAUACGAUUAGUGCGCGAAAUGGAGUAUGUGCUGGGAACGCUGUACGGUCUGUACGGUCGCUGCGCUACGGAACGGACGGACAAGCUGAUACAGUAUCGACGGAUGGUGGUGGAAUAUUUGCUCUCAUCGUCGUGUCGAUCGGUCACUGUGCCUUGCUUGCAGUUCAUCGUGCAGCAUCAGCAGCAUAAAAUUUAUACCAUCAUCAAUAAUGCCAAGAAAAAAAUUCUACGCGAAGCGAAGGAAUCGAAAUCGACCGCCGGCGGUUCACUGUGGCUGGAAAAGCUGUCCACAAUAGAUGUGCUGGAAAAAUGCCUUCACGGUCCAGCCACACCCAAUCGCGUUGGCUUAGCACGACUAACGAUUGCUCUGUGUCACGGUAAUUCACCCAGUUCCGGCACGCCACUCCUGCCCCUUACGGACGAUGCUUACCGUCGGGUGGAAUCGUUACUGAAUCGACUCGCUACCUUCAUCGAGUGGGAAGACGAAUGUAACCGUACCGAUGUGGCCAACAAGUAUAACAAACUGCUCGGCGCUUCUGUCCAACAGCAGACCCUCUCGGCCAGUGUCGUUCCGAUGAGCAAUCGUAUCGAAGCCUUCAUACGGUGGGAUUUCCAUGGCAAGUGGCACCAGAUAGAACCGUUCGAUCCAUUCCGGGAUGGUGUGGCGGGUGACGCAAUGGCUGGAGAACAGAACCACACGCAAAAGCUGGUAUUUGCCUUUCUGCGCACCAGAAUCACACAGGAAGCGAAUGGCAACUGGCUCUGUACCCGGCACUCGGUGGCUCAGCAUUUGAGCGAUGUGUUUUAUACGCUCUCGACCAUCUCACCGUCCGAGUGGCGUAUCUAUCGAGAGAUGCGUGCCAUUGUGGACCGGAAGUACGGUAUCAGCUUGGUGGAGGAUCAGCUACCGCGAACAACGGCCGAAGAUAGACGGGGGCCGCGCGGCCACGGGCAGGACGACGAUGUGCUGGCGCUAAUGGAAGACUUUGAAACGUUCAUCGGCUCUUAUGGGUAUGAUCUGCAUGGUCAGCUGUUUAUCGAACGUCAGCAGGCAACGGGCACAGGUGGCGGCAGUGGUGGGCCCAGCGGUGUAGUAAAUGUCGUUAAAAUCGAACACAUUGCCAACUCUAUCAAGCGACAUGGUCCGGGAAUUAUAAGCACAGUGGUGAAUUAUGCAUUCCAGUUUUUGCGCCAAAAACUGUUCACCUUUUCGCAUUUCUUGUACGACGAGCAGAUCCACUCCCGCUUAGCUGCCGAUGCGAAAAAGUUGACCGCUGAAAAUAACGUUUCUACUGGUAGUGCUGGUAGUGCUACUGCCUCGUCGGGAGGAGCUAGUACAACCGGUUACACGUACGAGCGGGCACUUGCCUUUAAUAGGCGUAUUCGAAAUCUUGGCCUUUCGGACGAUGGUGAAACGUACGUUGAUUUGUUCCGCAAAUUGAUCUGCCAAAUAGGUAACGCAAUGGCCUUCGUACGGAUGCUUCAUGCUGGCGCGCUUCACGAAUGUACCGGUGCUGCAGAAUUCGUCUCAAAUCCACCAAUGCCAGCUGAGGAAGAAACGGAAAUGGAUUCGCACCAAAACCGUUCACAAGUAAAACAAUCGGUCCAGGUCUGGAAACGGGACAUGGCGACCGUUCGCACCAGUUGGCGCUUAGAGAACGAAUUUUUCCGCUUACUCCUUAAUGCGUUCGAUGGAUUUCGCCGCCGACGGACCAACCAUCCAGCGAACGAAGAAACCAGUUCACCCACGGACAGUUUUGCACAUUUGGAACUGUUUUAUCUGAUCAUCCCACCGCUCACGAUCAGUUACGUGGAGGCGAUGCUAAAGGCAAAGGAAACGAUCGCCAAAAAAGAUCGUCACGGAACGUUUCUACCAACGGACGAUGGUUUCGUUAUGGGACUAUCCUACCUGCUGACGCUGCUCAACCAAACAGCCGCCUUCAAUUCGUUGCACUGGUUUAAGGAGGUGCACACGAAAUAUGCACGGGAAAUGGCAAAACUCAAUCAACAGACCGCUGGCGGUGGUACAAAUCCACUGCAGAGUGCUUCGACGGAACCGGCAGACGAAAAAAUGCUACCGACGGUAUCGCUUACUCGUAAACGAUUGAAUGCGAUGCAGCACGAAUUCGAUCAACUGCAGUAUAAUCUGUCUAGUUCGAAGAUUUUCUUUAAAUAGAU